ACUUCAUGUUAAUUUCUUAUGAAACUAACUAGUUGCUAGUUAAUUAAACCCACAUAAAGUUUUAGCUGGUGAUAAAUCAUUAUGAAAAGGAAAAUCAUUAUUAAGCUCCUCAUACUAUGUGUCAUAUUUAUACAGACCAACUAAUCAUUGAAUACUGAUCAUAUCGCAUAUUGAAACAUUCCUAUUAUAAUAUUUUUAUUUAACCACAUAUAUAUGUAUGUGUAGAUGCCUUUUCAUGGUGACCCACUUACUUAUCUCUUACCUUAGGCCUGAUUGAGUCUCCAUCUUCUUCUUCCUUCUUCACUUGGCCUUCACCAUCUUCUCUCUUUUGAACUCUUUUUUUUUCAUAAUUUCUCACGAAAUUAUGUUUUUUCAUUAAGAUUCAUUUUGUUCAUAAUAUGUUUUGUGAUUUAUCAAGAGAGGUUUAACCAAAAGAUGAAAGAAGCAUAGAAUCGAAAGAGAGGCUGUUCCUUUAUUCUUCUACUUUUGCUUUUAUCAUUUUUCUCCAAUCAAUCUCUAAGAUUAAUUUCAGUGGGAGAGAGGAGAUUGUUUGCUGGGCUUCAACUAUCACCUAGAAAGGAUACUAUUUUCCUAGUAAUCAAGUUUACAAAACAAUAAUCCAAGACAAAUUUAGUCUGCAUUUUUGUGAUCUCUUCAACAUGGCAAUGAAAAUGAAGGGCAUCUACAAGGGCUUCAAAUGUAUCUCUCAAAUAUUUGCCGGGGAGAAAGAGCGCGAUGAAAUUGAAAUUGGGUAUCCAACAAAUGUAAAACAUGUCUCUCAUAUUGGCUGGGAGGGUUCUUCUAGUAGUGGUCCUGGUUGGAUGAGUGAGUUCAAGGUCGGAGCUGAGGUUUUGUCUCCAAGGGCAUCAUCGUUUAGUAAUGCAAGACCUUCUACUUCUUUUUUCACCUCGUCUUCAACUGAUUUUGAUCAAGGGUCGAGUAAACGAACAAUAUCUGAUACACUAAGAGAUGUACCUCCAGUUACUCCAAUAAAUUUACCUAAACAUAGCAACAAGAAAAGUAGUAGAAGAAAGAAGUCAGCUUCAUCAUCAUCAUCUCCAAAAUCUUCAAGAUCAUCUAUUUUUUCUAAAUCUUCGUAUAAAUCAACUGUAUCCCAACUAAUCUAAACAUAUAAGAGUAGGUGCAAGAAAGAAAAAAAAAAGUCAAAAGUUUGAUCGCCUUUGUGCAUA